AAACGAAAGAGAGAGCUGGAGAGGUGAGUGAGGGAGCGAGAGGCGUCGCACCUUGUCCUGGGAAUUCCAAGCCCGUGUUCCUCCCAGCGCAGCACAGUGGCCAUUUAAUGUCCUGAAGUUUUGUGGACUUGUAUGAUUGACAGUGACUUGGAGACAACAUGGCGAGUGGGGGAUACAGGUCACACAACCCAUCUACCUCUAAUACAACUGAUUUCUUGGAGGAGUGGAAAGCUAAAAGAGAGAAGAUGAGAGCCAAAAUGCUUGCAAAUGAGUUAGUAUUAGCAGCCGCAGGGGGAGGAGGAGGAGGAGAAUGUGGCGGCAAUGACAUUGUCAAUAAAGCUAGCAGUGAGUUGAACAACAAUGGCAACUGCAGUGCAGCAACUACCAACAACCCAGUAUCUGCAGCAGCCUCAGUCUUUAAAGGGCCUUCAAAUAAGAGGGCAGAUGAAGACCCAAUAGUCUCAUCUACUGUGAUGCAGCAAAAGAAAGUGCCCAGCCCUGUGCUAGAUGGGGUAUCUGCUGGAAACGUGCAGGAUGAGUCCACUCCACCAGUUUCACAGGAAACUCCCACAAAGGCAAAAGAAAAGAAGAAUUGCAGUGGACCUAGUGCCAGGAAGGGGAAGGGACAGAUUGAGAAGAGAAAGCUGCGAGAAAAGAGAAGGUCUACAGGAGUGGUUAACAUCCCCUCUGUUGAAAGUCCCGAUGAGUAUGAAGAUGAUGAAGCAGGACAAAAAGCAAGAAAAGGAGAGAAUGUAGUUACCAAGCAAAACACUCUACAAAAUGAAUCUUUUUCCCUGGAUCCAAGUGAAUCUUUCUUGCCGCAGGAAACUGUGAAAACUGCAGGAUCCAACCGAUAUAAAAGCAAUAAUGCUCCUGAUGAUGACAUCUUAAAUCACUUUUCUCGAAAUGAUCGAACAGCCUUUAAUCAUUUAAACCGUGAGACAAGUUCCUCUGGAAAUUCUGGCCAGUACAGUGCCCUGGAAAGGAAAAUUGAAGAACUUGAAAGAGAUCUAGCGCAAGAGAGGCAAGAACAUUUGAGAUUAACAAAGAUAAUGCAAGACAAAGAAGAAUUAAUUCACAAACUGACGGAAGAAAUAGACUUAUUGAACAGAGAUUUGGAUGAUUUAGAAGAUGAAAACAAGCAACUAAAGCAGGAAAACAAGACACUGCUAAAAGUGGUUGGACAACUAACAAGAUAGAAGAUUGAUUGUAGCUGUGCUGCUCACUACUGAUUUUUACCUUUUGAAAAGAGGAAGGGUGGCGUAGGGCAAUUUAGUUAAGGGAUUAGGGAACACUUGAGCAAAAGCAACCUCUUCAGUGAAGGGGAAUUCCAGUUCUUUACAAAGGUUUCAUAGAAUUGCAUGUUGCAAGCUUGCAUAUUUAUUACUGUGGACUUCACCUUUGAGAGGAAUGAUAUUUGCACCAGCUAUUUUUAAGGUAUGCAUUUUUUAAUCCACAGAAAAAUAGUUUUUGCUUUUAAGGAAAACGAUCACAAACACAGACCACUAUUGACAGCCUUGUCACUUACUUGCAUCUGUUCCCAUUGCAAAGAAAUUCUCCCAGUUUUUCAAUAUAUUGACAUGCAUUGCAAAAGUGUGCUCCACUCCCCUGAAAUAUUUCACAGGAGGAAAAACGAGUCUUUCUAGAUUUUUACACAUCAGGCAGAUUAACAAAGAAGAACAGAAGGACAGCCAUACAAAAUUGUCACAGCACAUGUGAAAUCAGUGUCUAGAUAUCUCCCCCAUGGACAAAGGGCAAGAAAGAUUUAAACUGAGUCACUGGAAAGGAAUGUGUCUUGUCUUUAGAGGCAUGAUCUCUGCAUAUUUUUAGAAGGAUAAAGAAUAUUUUGAUAUUCCUUCAGAUCCAUCCAAUUGGCAUUAACAUCAUGUUUCUGUUGUUUUAACCCUUAUUUAUGCUGGUUUUGAAAUGUAUUCACAGAAAGCCAUUGCACAAAGCAUUGAAGGAGGUAGGCUUCACAAUGUAACAUAUUUCUUUAGUAUAUAUUAUAUUGCAGCUGUAUGCUCCACCUUGGUUUACGGCUAAAUAGAUAUAAGCCUUGUUUACUGUAUAUUUAACCAAAUAGUCUUGUAAAGGCAUGUUUUGCUCUGCAGGUCUUACUGGACUAAAACAAAGUGCAGGGAUCAGAAGGUGUUACUAUAGGGUUCAUUUUAAACAACGCAGGUUCUCACCUGCAGAAAUUCCUUUCUUAAAUUCUACCGGUCAUAUGCUCUGAUUAUAAGGAAACAAAUUGGGUUUAUUAUGGGUGACAACUAAGUUGAAAUGGAGAGGUUAGAAAGCACUUUGCUAUGAAAAAAAUGUUUACAAUUACUGUCUGAUUCCAUCUGAUUCUCUAAAAAUUUGUAUUCUAGCUUAAUUUGCUGUGCACAAAUAUAGCAUUGCCUUUACAAACA